UAUGCCAGAGCAGACGACAGAAUCUCGUAAACGUCGGAAGACGCCCAAGACGGCGACUUUUCAUCCAUAUGCUAUUCCUGCAUCCUUGUCAUUGCAGGUGGUGAGCCACCCUCUGAAAAUACGUCCUGCUGGGAAUUUGCUGCUCGCCGGAAAGGAGACCGAAGAAAAGCUGCGCAUGUCGAUGGGCGAUUUUCACAGAUUCCCAGAGCAGGUGAUAAUGGAUAUUCUAGGAUUUCUAGACUCGGCAACUGACCUGGGCCAUGUGAUGUGUGUGUCCCGAUUUUUCUACGCCUUUACCAGCUCUGAUGAGCUAUGGAAGCAGAUAUAUCUUAAGGGCGAGAAGUUCGACCGCUGGCUGGGAAGCUGGAAAGAGAGCGUUCUCAGAUGCAGGCAGAGCGCCAUAGACUGCAGCAUCGUGCACUCAGACUUGCUAUUUGUUCCGUAUCAAAAUUCCCAGGUCGACUAUUCUCGGCUCUUCGAAAAUAUCAUAAUUGCAGAAAACCAGCGCAGACACCAGGUCCUGCCGGCCUCGGUCAAUAUUCCAUACGAUCUCUCCAUUCCGCGGCUUGACGAGGAUACCAUGACCCCAUCGCUCUUCUCCUCGCGUUUCCACGACCGCCCGUUCAUCCUCAAGUCCUCCGAUCCUGCUCGCUGGCCAGCGUGGACAAUAGACACCCUCACAGCCCGCUUUCCCGACACCGUUUUCCGCCAGGAGUGUGUGCAGUGGUCGCUAAAACUGUACGCCGAGUACUGCGCCAGCAACCAGGACGAAAGCCCGCUGUAUCUGUUUGACUGCAGCUCCGAGGCCAUGAAACAACUCAAGACAGAGUUUGUGCGUCCGGGCGUUUUUUCGGAGGACAUGUUUGACGUGUUCACGCGCCACGGCCACUCGUGCCGUCCCGACCACACGUGGCUGAUUGUGGGCCCGCACCGGUCGGGCUCGACGUUCCACAAGGACCCCAACAACACGUCUGCGUGGAACACGGUGCUGGACGGCUCGAAGCUGUGGAUCAUGCUCCCGCCCGAGGUGACUCCGCCGGGCGUGCACACCAACGAGGACGAGAGCGAGGUGACGUCUCCGCUGGGCCUUGCAGAGUGGGUGCUAUCCGGGUUUUUCAAUGACACUCUCAAGGUCACCAGAGCAGAGCAGCGUUGCGCCAUUGGCAUCACAUUUCCUGGAGAGUGUCUGCAUGUUCCUGCUGGCUGGUGGCACACGGUCAUCAACCUGGAGGACACAGUUGCCCUGACGGCGAAUUUUGUUCCCGAGUGCAAGCUGGAGGAGGUGGCACGGUUUUUCCGCAACAAGCAGGACCAGGUCUCGGGCUUCCAUCCGGCAACGGUGCUGGAGUUUGUGAGGCGGUGCGUUGCUGCGGGCGAGAUGGAUGCCCGGCUGCUCGAGAAAGUCGGCCAGGUCGAGUCGAACGACGAUAUCGGCGAGCUGGACGUGCAGCUGCCGAUCUACGAGAUAUUCGAGCGACUGCUGCAACUCAACGGAAAGCAGCUGAAACAGCACAAAAAUCUGUGGAAGUCGCUUACGCAGCAGAGCACAGGCUUUAAGUUCGCGAUGGACGUCGAAUAGAGCGCUUUUUAUGAUAAUCUAUAGGUUCUUGUCUAGGAGGGCCCGCACGUUUUCGUAGACCCCGAGGAAAAUAGCGCCCCCGGCGCUGAUCCACAUGGUUCGCGGGCCGAUGCCGCGGAGAAAGGCCGAGUAGCCCUCGUCGCGGGCAAUUUGCCGCGCCAGCUUCCACACACCCACCUUGCCGUGGCUCAGCAUGAGCCGUGUCUUGAGCAGGUCCAGCGGCGUGGUUGCUGCCGCAGCCACGCCUCCAGCCACAGACCCGCACACGGCUCCCCUGGCCGGCGAAAGCGCGCCGUCUGCGCCCCACAGCGUCUUGAGGUACUCGUAUAAGGGAAACUGGAUGAUUGUGAACGGGAUCUCGCGCAUGAUCGUGGUGCUCCACCCGCGGUAGAGGCCGUUGAGGACGCCCUCGCCAGAAACGUUUCCGAGGAUGUGGCGCAGUGCCUGUGCAGAGGUGCGGAACUGCAUCGACUGGGUCCGCUGUUUGAUCACCUCGGCGGGAACUCUCACCAUGCACGCGGCGACUUCUCCGCACGAAGCGGCAGCCAUGUGUGACAGGGCGGCGGGAGUGCCGUUGUUUAUGAGGCUGUGUUUGAGAGCGUCGUAGGUGACAAAAAACAGCGACGCGGAAGGAGCAGAGGCCACGACGGCCGACCCGAGGCCACGAUAA